CAGCUUGUUAUGUAACGCCGCCCCCUGCGUAGGCUGACCAUAUCCUGCCUCCGCCCCCCACCAACUGCACUCGUUCUCUAAGAACUACGCUGUCCUUUGACAUGUUGAGCAACGUACGGGUUGACUCCUACUUAGAUGUCCGUUUUAAGGACACUCCCUGGAGCAUCAGGAUUGGUAGCCAGAACCACUGCGACGACGCCCUAUGCGUCGUCAACGUCAUCGAGCCAAUCGCCGGUGAGCUCAUGUUCAGCACAUCUUGCUGAACGCUGCUUAUGGCCAUACCACGCGCCCCUUCUGAAGACGGUCAGAUGGUCUUCAAAAGAGGACCUUGGCAAAGCAUCCAGUGGGAGUGGGUUGUUUACAGCCGCUUGCAACGGCUGGGCAGAAGCCCUGAGAUCUGCGAACGACUAUUGGACUAUGGACCGGAUUCUACGGAACACGGCUUGGUGCUGCGUUAUGUCGGUGUAUUUGAAGAGUUAUUCACGGAUAAAGUACCAUCCGUGAAGCAACAGCAGCUCCCUUUUUCCCUGACUGCCUGGGCAGCUGUGCGACUGAUCACGACGAUGAAGUACAUGCACGCCUCAAGAGUAUUACAUUGCGACAUUCAUCCCGGGAACAUCGGGUUUCCGCUGUGUCACAACCUGCAGGAACUCCUGUCCGCCCUGUGUCAAGACACCGAGGAGGUAUACCCGACUUUCAUCGAUUUCGAAUGGGCGCGAAUGCAAGGGUGGCAUCCGCUGCUUCCCCUCCAAAGACAAGCGGCAACAUGGACUUAUCAAUCUGACAGAGCUGUUCGAGAUGAGCCGUACUGUGCUGCCGACGAUUUCGAGUCGUUGGCAUAUUCGCUCAUCGCCUUUCGACUCCUGGCAGCCCCGCCGUGGCACGAAGAUAGCUACGACGCCUAUUACCCUCCCUCCGAGGACAGGGACACCUUCUUGGCUACCAGGGCGAGCCGCCUUCGAGACCUUCGCACGAAACGCGAGGUCGAAGAGGAGCUGCUGGAUAUGGUGGACUAUGCUAGGAGUCUGCAGCCGGGGGAUCCCAUCGAUUACGCCCAGUGGGUGGGCCGGCUGUCAAAGUUUGCUGCGGAUGUACGCUCGGACGUCUCCACGCUGGUCUGACUGACAUCUUCCCAUCGUUGACUUUGGCUGUGAUGUCGCAUUCUUUCCUCUUUGUCGCUCUGUAUGUUCCCCCCGCGUGGCAGUUGUCCAGAUUAGAUGUAUACCUAGUACUGUUUAUGUUGUGUGGCAAGUAUCAGUGUAUCAACAAGGCGUUCGGACCAAGGUACAUGUCGAAGCCGCCCAAAAUCUGUAGCAUCAUCCUAUCUAACACAUGUCAUGCCUGACU